AUGUUCCGAGUCAAACUUUACAACGCAGCAUCUGUGCACCUUCGUAUAGCCAUAAUCUCCUCUAUCCUCUACCACUCUAUCCUCAUCCUAGCCGCCCCAGUGCCGUCAACUUCAAACAUCACCCUGCGACAUGCUUCUCCACACCCAAAAAUCACGCCCAGAUCACACAUCCAGCACGAGAAAAUGCGCCCAGCCCUCAUUAUGGUCUUUGUGGUUUGCGGCCUGCUCGAGUUCUGGCUAAUCUUUGCAAUCCUAUAUGCAUUGAUGAAGAGGAAUGACAAUCGGGUCUAUUGGGCUAGGUUCAAGGACGCAGUGGAGUUCAAACUGUAG